AUUAAUAACAGUUGUUUUCUUCCAGAGAAGUUGGGUUAGAUGAAACAACUCUACAUCUAUUUAUUAAUCUGAGUUCACAUUAACUACAGACUGAAGACUUGAAAAUGUGAUGUUUGCUUCAUUCAUGAAAGAUGGAACACAUGAUUUACAUCAUGAUGAUGAUUGGUAUAUUAUGUUAUGUGACAUAGAGUCCUGAAAGCCUUUAGGAAUCUGUCAGUAUGUCUUCUUUUUCUUUCUCUUUUCCUCUCCCUCUCUUCUCUUUCAUCUUCAUUUCCUGAAAGUUUUGUAUUAAAAAGACAUGUUUGUGUGUGUGUGUGUGUGUGUGUGUGUCCUCGGGUUACCAUGGCAACAGCAGCCUCGUCUCCCAGCAUGCAUCAGCAGCAGAGGGCGGCGGCAGUGGAUGAGCAGCAGCACCAGCAGAGAGGAGCAGAGAGGAAAAGAGACAGAAGGAUGAUGGAUGGACACUCGGCCCCCCUCGAAGGAGAGCAGUGCAUGCUGGGAGUCAGUUUUCUGCAUAAACUCCCAGAUGGAGGCGUAGUGAUGGAGGAGAGAGGGGAAGGUAGAGGAGAAGAACAGGAAGAGGAGGUGACGGAGGAGAAAGUAGUGAAGGAAGAGGAGGAUCAGCUGCCAGGAGGAGAUGGAGAGAUGAAGGAGGAGAAGAGGGUUAGUUCCCCAGUCUCACCUCCUGAUGAAGAGGAGCAAAAGGAAACAGCCAAAGAAUGCCACAAAGGCACUGAAGAAAACGUCGGUAAAAGCUCCACAGGCGUUGCUCUCUGUGGGUUAGUUCCCUCUGGAGACGGGGACGUCCCUGCUGCUACCCUCUCCUCCUCUGCAGAACCAAGCGCUCCUCCAGCUACACCGGCUGCCCAGGCUGGAAAAACAAGCGCUCCUCCUCUGCAGAAAGAGAAAGCAGCUGUGAAGGAAACUGCAGAAGAACCUCUGAAGGCCUCCAAGUCAGCAGGGGGCGCCAGAGCAGCCAAGAUGAUCUCAGCCAAGAGUACAGAGUCAGUGGACGGAGCCAACAGUCCAGGAAGUCGUUCUCCGGCCAGUCGAUCCUCCACUCCAAACAGAGACGUCAAGAAGGUGGCGGUGGUCCGGACCCCCCCCAGGUCUCCCGGCGCUUCCCGCGGACGGACACCCCCCCUCCCCUCCCACCCCAUGCCUGACCUCAGCAAUGUCAGGUCAAAGGUUGGAUCCACAGAGAACCUCAAACACACACCUGGAGGGGGCAAGGUUCAGAUUGUUAAUAAGAAGAUGAAUCUGACCAGCGUGGCAUCAAAGUGUGGCUCCAAAGACAACAUUAAACACAAACCAGGUGGAGGGAAGGUGGAGAUUAAAUCAGAGAAGGUGGAUUUUAAAACCGUUCAAUCUAAAGUUGGUUCUCUGGAGAACGUCACCCAUGUGCCGGGAGGAGGGAAAAAGAAGAUUGAGAGUCAGAAACUGAGCUUCAGAGAGAGCGCCAAAGCUCGGACGGACCACGGGGCUGACAUCAUCGUCCAGCCUGACUCCGCCCCCUCCAGCGACACCUUCUCCCCAGGAAGCCUAAACGCAGCUGAAGCCACACCCCUCGACACAUUGGCCGACCAGAGUCCAGGCCUGAGGACAGUGGAGGAGAACUAUCAGAUCAAAGUCCUUAGCCAAUGCCAGCAAGGACGCUUGGAUGACCUGGGAAGGAGUAAUAAGCAGGACCGUAGGUUGGGCCGACAUGUGGAAGAUCCCCCAAGCCAGGCUGAGUUGCUUCAUAAGGUCCAACCCAUGACACCCUCCCAAGUCCCAGCAACCUCUGUCUGUGGUCUGGCUCAGAGGAGAGCUGCCAACUCUGCAAUGCCCCAAAUCCGGAGCCUGCAGCACAUCCUGCCAAGCUGCAAAACAGCACUGACCCAGGGUCGGUAUAGGUGGUGCCAUGACCGACCUUGCGGAGGCUGGAGGAGAUCCUGGAGGUAUGCAGGGCAGAAACAGCCAGGGAGCCCCUAG